GUGUAAAAUCUAAAAAAACAAGACAAAACAAAACAAACGGCUUCUUCUUGUUUAUUAUUUUCUUGAAAUAUCUAUCUCUUUACGAAAACUGGUUGCCACCCGUUAACCAGAGAGCCUCUCUUCACACCAACUUUUAUUCGUGUUAAUUAUUUAUAUUUUCUUGAUUUUAUAUAAGGAUUUUCUUGAUUUCUUGCAACCCAUUUGGUUGGAGCCCAAGAUUUGAUUUUUGAUUGGUGGGGUGUCUUGUAAUCUUGUGUGUGUGUGAUUCUCAAGUGGGGUUUUGUUUUGAUUACCCAUUAGGCCUGAUUGGGUUUGGCUCAGAUUUGAUCUGGGAGAGAGGGAGAGAGGGAGAGAGAUUGGGAGAGAGAGAUGUGGAAUAUGAAUAAGUUUUAUGAGAAAGUUUCUGCUUUGGAAGAAGGGGGAUCUCAUUAUUGCUCUAAAAAGUCUGAUGAUAUUUGUGGAUCUGCUUGUGAUGAGGAUUCUGGUCGUGUUAUAAGCAUGUCAAGAAUACGUUGUAUUAUGCGGGGUCUGGAUUUGAAAACGUACAUCUUCCUUUUUGUUAUGAUCCCAACCUGCGUAUUUGGUGUAUAUUUGCAUGGACAAAAGAUAUCUUAUUUCUUGCGGCCGCUGUGGGAAGCACCACCCAAGCCAUUUCAUGAAAUUCCUCACUAUUACCACGAGAACGUGUCAAUGGAGAAUUUGUGCAAACUUCAUGGUUGGGGAAUUCGUGAGUUUCCAAGACGAGUUUAUGAUGCAGUUUUGUUCAGUAAUGAAGUGGACCUCCUGACAAUUCGGUGGAAAGAAUUGUAUCCUUAUGUAACAGAAUUUGUUCUACUCGAGUCAAAUUCAACAUUCACUGGAUUGCCUAAACCAUUGGUUUUUGCCAACAACAGAGACAAAUUCAAGUUUAUUGAAUCACGUUUAACUUAUGGGAAAGUGGCUGGAAGAUUCAAGAGAGGUGAGAAUCCGUUUGUUGAGGAGGCAUAUCAACGGCUGGCAUUGGAUUAUCUUCUUAAGCAAGCAGGUAUUCAAGAUGAUGACUUGUUGAUAAUGUCCGAUGUUGAUGAGAUACCAAGUAAACAUACUAUUAAUUUAUUGAGGUGGUGUGAUGACACACCUGAAGUUCUUCAUUUACGGUUGAAGAACUACCUCUAUUCUUUUGAGUUUAUGUUGGAUAAUAAUAGUUGGAGAGCUUCAGUCCACAGAUAUCAGACUGGGAAGACGAAAUAUGCACACUAUCGACAGUCAAAUGACAUCUUAGCAGACGCUGGAUGGCAUUGCAGCUUUUGUUUCCGGAGUAUCCAAGAUUUUGUAUUUAAGAUGAAAGCAUAUAGUCAUUUUGAUAGGGUGAAGUUCAACAAAUUUUUAAAUCCCAAGAGAAUUCAGAAGGUAAUCUGCAAAGGGGCUGACCUGUUUGAUAUGCUGCCGGAGGAGUACACCUUCAAGGAUAUCAUAGGGAAAAUGGGUCCCAUACCUCAUUCCUACUCUGCUGUUCAUCUUCCGGCCUAUCUUUUGCAGAAUGCUGACAAGUAUAAAUAUCUUUUACCCGGGAACUGCAUAAGAGAAAGUGGCUGAUCUUCAACCAUGUUCAAUUGCUUAUAUCUCUUUUUGUAAAGGAGGCCUGAGAUGCAGCUGGUUCGAGAAUGAAGUUUCAUCUGAGCAAGAUGAUUGCGGAGUGUUACCUUAACAACCAUGUUACAUAUCGGGCAAUUUUAGUAUCAUUCGUUUAGAAAUGUUUCGGAGUGUAGAAUACUUUUUAGAUUUCUUGGGUGAUGUUCUGUAAAUAAUAGUAAGGCGGUCUACUUUGAAUUAGACUUGAGCUUGUUGAUACACAUUAUGCAAAGCGGGGGAGGCUGUGAUUGAGGGAACGGCCGAGUUGCUGUUGUAUCUUUGAUGUAAGUGGAACUUGAACCUCCGAAGCUCCCCCUCGAAGAUAUACCCCAGAAAAUAUACAAGAUGGUUGUUCUCCCUCUA